CUCUAGCUUCACACUGCAGGACUCUGUCUCCAGGAGCACACAGCUAGACUCCCCCCCCACCCCCCGUUGGAGGAAAGCUGGCCAGCUUUUGAAUCACUGUUGGAAGAGAUGGUGAUGAGCCCAGGUUCCUUGAUGUUGGUCUUUGUGCUGAGUCUGGUUGUGAUCUCUCCCACUCUGGCUAAGGAUAACUACAGGUACAUAAAAUUCCUGACUCAGCACUAUGAUGCCAAGCCAACAGGCUGGGAUCACAGAUACUGUUAUCUGUGUAUGAUGAAGAAAAGAAUCCAAGAAACCUUGAAAUGCAAAGAAGCCAACACCUUUAUCCAUGACACCAAGAAAAACAUCAAGGCCAUCUGUGGAGAGAAUGGAGGCCCUUAUGGAGCAAACUUUAGAAUAAGCAAUUCUCCCUUCCAGAUCACCACUUGCAAUCACUCAGGAGGGUCUCCCAAGCCUCCAUGCCAGUACAGAGACUUUAAAGAUUUCAGAUAUAUUGUUAUUGCCUGUGAAGAUGCCUGGCCUGUCCACUUCGAUGAGUCUUUUAUCAGUCUGUAGACAGCAGGCCCCUGGCACAGGCCUAGCUCUGUGUUCUUUUUAUCUCCCCUCACAGCCAUGAUCACUGGUUCAGCAUUCGGUGUCAGUGGCCAGAAAAUCUAUUAUCUGAAACAUGCGUCUCCUGAUUUAUAGUACACAGAAAUAAAGAUAUCUCAAAAACCA